GCAACCUUUUCAAAUGUCAUUGGGACCUUUAGAUAACUGCCCGUCCAGCACUUUAAGCAGGACGUGCGUAUGAAUGUAAUAUUAAUUUUUUUUAAAAGAAAUAAUUUGUAAUCAAGAUGGUAAAAAAUACAUACAUGCGAUGGAAACUACCACUCAUAUGCUUUAUAUGGGAGAUCGCUAUGAUAAUCCUUUUUGGAGUCUUCGUACGUUAUGGUGAUGAGGCUGAUCCGCAUUGGGAGGAGUAUAAGAAGAAUAAGAACAUAACAAGCAACAUAGAAAAUGACUUUUACUUCAGGUACCCAAGUUUUCAAGAUGUCCACGUAAUGAUAUUUGUUGGGUUUGGUUUCCUGAUGACAUUUCUGCAACGAUAUGGCUUCAGCAGUGUUGGGUUUAACUUCUUACUUGCUGCCUUUGGUGUCCAGUGGGCUAUCCUAAUGCAAGGAUGGCUCCAUACAUUUAAAGAUGGCGAGAUCGUUAUAGGUGUAACAAGCCUCAUCAAUGCUGACUUCUGUGUGGCAUCAGUCUGCAUUGCCUAUGGUGGAGUUCUGGGCAAAGUGAGCCCAGUACAACUGCUGAUCAUGACCUUGUUUCAAGUUACCCUGUUUGCAGUAAAUGAAUAUGUCCUCCUAGAGCAACUCCAUGUGAUAGAUGCUGGUGGCUCCAUGACAAUUCACACAUUUGGUGCAUACUUCGGUCUGACUGUUGCCCUGAUACUAAGCCGUCCAAAAUUAAAAGAAACUAACAAUAAGGAAGGUUCAAACUAUGUCUCGGAUCUAUUCUCUAUGAUUGGAACAUUGUAUCUGUGGAUGUACUGGCCUAGCUUUAACUCCGCCAUCUCUAAUCAUGGUGAUGCCCAACACAGAGCCGCAAUCAACACUUACUGUUCUUUGGCCUCCUGCGUUCUCACAACUGUAGCUAUCUCCAGCGUCGUCAAUAAAAAGGGCAAAAUAGAAAUGGUUCACAUCCAGAAUGCAACCUUGGCUGGAGGUGUAGCAGUUGGCACUGCUGCAGAAAUGAUGCUGACACCAUAUGGGUCCCUCAUUGUAGGCUUUAUAUGUGGCAUCGUCUCUACUUUGGGAUUUACAUACCUUUCGCCCAUUUUGGCAUCCAAACUGCGCCUGCAUGAUACAUGUGGAAUUCAUAACCUUCACGGCAUGCCAGGCGUGAUUGGAGGAAUUGUGGGAGCAGUCACUGCAGCUGCUGCCACAGAGGCAGUUUAUAGUGCAGAAGGAUUGGCUACCUUAUUUAAAUUUGAAGGUGAAUUUAAAGACAGAACUACCAGCAUGCAAGGCGGGUAUCAAGCAGCCGGCAUUUUUGUAUCACUUGCAUUUGCAUUUGUAGGUGGUACAAUUGUAGGAUUCAUUCUAAAACUGCCCUUUUGGGGAGAUCCUGCUGAUGAAAACUGCUUUGAAGAUGGCGUUUAUUGGGAGCUUCCUGGAGAAGAGGAGGAACCAGAACCUGGCAAACAAUACAUAACUCAUGAACCCUAAAAACAUCUAUGAAUCUUUCAGACCGACGAUUAGAACGUCUUCAUUGGUGAAACUGGAUAAUGCAGUUUUGCUGCUGCUCUGCGCCAUAUUGUUUAACUUUUGUUAGUUUUAUGUUUGUUAGUUUUUCAACCAUGAAACCUUUUUUAUAAAGAAGAUAAAUGUAUGGAUAUUGUUUCAAAUACUUCUUUUGAGCAUUAAUGCAGUGUAAUUCAUCGGGAUUCCCAGUUAUGUGAAUAAUAACCACAUAAUCUUUAUAUGAUAUUCUUGCUGCUUACACCUGCAUCUGUGAAAAUCAAAAAUGUAUUUAUGCUACAAAACAAAGCUAAAAUUUCUGCACUUGUCCAAUCAAGAUGUUUGUCAUGUGAACAGUGUAAUAAAAUGUUUAAAGUCCA